GAGACUUUGACUGGCGAAGGUGCUUUCCGGGUAAUAUUCUUGUUGAUGAAUUCGCAUUAGGUUACAGUUACACAUUCCUUUUUCAUUAAAUUAAAGAAAAUAAAAAAUAUUCCCGGAAAUUCAAACUUAAAGACGUGUUGAGCUGUUACCUUUUAUAAUUCCACUUUCUAUUUUUUCAAUUUUCCAACAUCCCGGUCCCUAGGUUUUUAAGACAACGUUUGUUGUAGUUGUAGAAGAGAGGGGUCUGUUUUGUACUACUCAUCCAAACAAGUCACAGUGUUCUCUCUCUCUGAAAAUUGAAAAUUAAGAAAGAAAAAAAAAGAAGAAAAAGAAAUUCCCCGUAUAAGGUUUCUCCGAAUGUCACAAUGGCUUAACGACGCCUCGCUUUUCUUGGUUCCUCCACGCGUCUGCCAGCGUCAUCAUUUGGGUUCCUGACAAUGAGAUCAAAGUGGUAGCGGCAACAGUAGUAGUCGAACUUGUGUUUGUCCUCCUGAAGAGACAUUAGACAUAGUUUGGGCGAGAGAGAUCAGAGGGUGAAAAUGGCGCCACCGUUGUUCAAUUGGGGGGCGAAGGACACUCACAGGGGAACGCCGGUGGUGGUGAAGAUGGAGAACCCGAAUUGGUCCAUGGUGGAGCUGGAGGGUCCCGAAGAAGAGGACUUAAUCAUAAGCGAUUCCUCGAGGGAGAAAGGAAAAGGAAGAGGCAAAAACGCCAAACAGCUCACAUGGGUUCUCCUCCUCAAAGCGCACCGCGCCGCCGGCUGCUUGACCUCCCUCGCGCCGGCAUUGUGGGGGCUCGUCUCCGCCGUCAAGCGCCGCGUCGCCGCCGGAAAAACCGACGCCGACACCGACGGUGGCCGGGAGAACGAGAGCGCCACCGUGAAGACGCGCUUCUAUUCCUGCAUCAAGCUCUUCCUGAUUCUUCUUGUUGGUCAUUGGUUAGCUGGUUUCUCCGGCAAUUGUUCACAUGGUGAUCCUUCUUUAGCUGAGUUAUUGGCCAUUCUGGAAGGUCUCAAGAUCGCAUGGCAUAUGGGAUUUAAAACUGUUCAAUGUAUGAUUGACUCCAUGGAUAUCGUGCAGUCUCUUCUUCAUAGAGAUCAAGCUUACCUACACUCUCAUGCUUCUUAUCUCUUUGAUAUUUUCUCCUUGGUGGACAAACCUUGGACGCCUGUCCCCAAGGGUGGGGCUGUGGUAGAUCUCGAAUCCGGAGAGAAGGGUUUUGGUUUUUUCCCAAUGGUGCUCGUGCAGAUCCCUAUGUGCAAUGAGAAAGAGGUUUACCAGCAGUCAAUUGCUGCGGUGUGCAAUUUGGAUUGGCCCAAAGGGAAGUUGUUGAUUCAGGUUUUGGAUGACUCGGAUGACCCAACCACGCAGUUGUUGAUAAAGGAGGAGGUUCAGAAAUGGCAACAAGAGGGUGCCAACAUUUUGUACCGCCAUCGCGUCAUAAGAGAUGGUUACAAAGCUGGGAAUUUGAAAUCCGCCAUGAAUUGUAGCUACGUCAGAGACUACGAGUUUGUUGCAAUUUUUGAUGCAGAUUUUCAGCCUACGCCGGAUUUCCUCAAGAAAACUGUUCCUCAUUUUAAGGCUAAUGAGGAACUGGGCCUCGUUAAGCAGAGGUGGUCUUUUGUGAACAAGGAUGAGAACCUGUUAACGAGGUUGCAGAACAUUAACCUGGCUUUUCAUUUUGAAGUGGAGCAGCAAGUGAAUGGGAUUUUUAUUAACUUCUUUGGGUUCAAUGGAACCGCGGGAGUGUGGAGGAUAAAGGCUUUGGAGAAUGCUGGUGGUUGGCUGGAGAGGACUACUGUUGAGGACAUGGACAUUGCCGUUCGAGCUCAUCUUCAUGGCUGGAAAUUCAUUUUCCUCAAUGAUGUUGAGUGCCAAUGUGAGCUACCGGAAUCCUACGAAGCUUACAGGAAACAACAGCAUAGAUGGCAUUCCGGGCCAAUGCAAUUAUUCCGCCUUUGUUUGCCUGAUAUAAUACGGGCCAAGAUAAGUGUGUGGAAGAAAUUCAACAUGAUAUUCCUAUUCUUUCUUCUUAGAAAGCUGAUUUUACCAUUCUAUUCAUUCACCUUGUUUUGUAUAAUUCUGCCUAUGACAAUGUUCGUACCAGAGGCCGAGCUUCCGGCGUGGGUUGUGUGUUACAUCCCUGCUGCCAUGUCUUUUCUCAACAUUCUUCCAGCUCCAAAGGCCUUCCCCUUUAUUGUCCCUUAUCUCCUAUUUGAGAACACCAUGUCAGUUACCAAAUUCAAUGCCAUGAUCUCAGGCCUGUUCCAGCUAGGUAGUGCUUACGAGUGGGUGGUGACUAAGAAAUCCGGUCGUUCCUCGGAGGGCGAUUUGGUUUCACUGGUUGAGAAACCAAAGCAUCAAAGAGGGUCCUCAGCACCGGAUCUAGAGGAAAUGAAAGAGGAACUUAGAAGGCAGGAGCAGCAAAAGGCCUCUAAGAAGAAGAAAAAGCAUAACAGAAUAUAUAUGAAGGAGCUUGCUUUGGCCUUUCUACUUCUAACAGCCUCCGCAAGGAGUCUCCUCUCAGCUCAAGGGAUCCACUUCUACUUUUUGUUAUUCCAGGGCAUAUCAUUCCUCUUGGUUGGUCUAGACUUGAUUGGUGAACAGGUGGACUGAGAAAAAAUAAAAAUUGACAGGACUGUGCACUUUUUACAUGCAAGAAUUAUAUGCACGGAAAAGCAUAAAGGUGGGAAAGCCAGGCCUUAUGAAAUUACUCAAAGACAUUUAUUUGGUACACUGGAGAGCGUAGAGGACCCAUAGUGCUGCUUUUUCUUGCUCAUGCUCCUCCCUCCAGGCUCGUAAAUCAAAUCAACUCAAAUCCUCCCAAUACCAUACUAUUGUCUUGUUAUGGACCGAAACGGGGUGCAAUUGAGGCUGGUGUUAGGGCGUUUUCAUUCAAUGUGUAAGUUUAGCCUGCCUUUUUUUUUCUUCCUUCUUUGGUUAAUUUGAUUCAUUUUUGUAAUUUUAUGUGGAUUCUUUUCUUUUCUGGAUCGAUUCAGUUGUAAGAAAAUUUAUGGUUCAAACUUUGGACAUCCUUUGGGACUCCUUUUCUUUUAGCGAUAGUGAGAAACAUUAUUCUCCUUGUCGUGGUUCCAGCUAUUUCCUCCACCGCUUGGUAUGCGGUAAUUCAAAUUGAAUACUUAAAAUUCAUUUUUUGUCAACUUUCAAAGUGGUAGAGAAGAAGUGGGUUUUGAUUUCUGGGGCCCUUGGAAUGUGAUGCCCGUAGUAAUUCAA